UUCACCUUUGCUGGCACUCGACUCCCACGCAGCGAUGACCGUCUGAAUCUGGCUGAGUUUACGCUAAUCUGCCGUGCUCUGUUCCGUAAUGACAAGGGCCACAUCUACGAUGUGCCACACGAACGCCUCGAGCAAAUAUUCGCUGUCUUUGAUAAGAACGGCGAUGGCUUCAUCGAUAGGGAGGAGUUUAAAUUUUGUUGGAAUCAAUGGAUAAAAACGAUUGUGCGACCGGUGAACGCGUUUCUCAUUGUUGAUGUACAAAAUGAUUUUAUAAGUGGUUCCUUGGAUAUAAGUAAUUGCAGUGCACAGCAGCAAGGACAUGAGAUACUGGAGCCCAUUAACAAGCUGCUGGACACGGUGGACUUCGAUGCGGUCUUCUACUCCCUAGACUGGCAUCCCAGCGAUCAUGUUUCAUUUAUUGAUAAUGUCAAAAUGCGACCCAUGGACGAGUCCUCGGCGUUGGAUGCCGAUUCGGCGAAGGUCUUUGAUACGGUCAUCUUUGCCGGGCCGCCGCCGAUGAAGCAGCGUCUGUGGCCGCGUCACUGUGUGCAGGACUCUUGGGGCGCAGAGCUGCACAAGGAUCUGAAGGUGGUCGAUCAUGGCAUCAAGGUGUACAAGGGCACCAAUCCGGAGGUGGACUCCUAUUCCGUGUUCUGGGACAACAAGAAGCUGUCGGACACCACGCUGAAUGCCCAGCUGAAAAUGAAGGGCGCCACGGACAUCUACGUGUGCGGCCUGGCCUACGAUGUGUGUGUGGGUGCGACGGCCGUGGAUGCUCUGUCCGCUGGCUAUCGCACUGUCCUGAUAGACGACUGCUGCCGCGGCACCGACUUCCAUGACAUUGAGCACACCAAGGAGAAGGUGAUCAAGAGCGAUGGCGUCAUUGUGCACAGCAACGAGGUCAAGGCAAUGGCUGAGGGUCGGGAUCGUCGACCCGAGCUGGGCUACAAGCUGGCCAUGGAGCUCAAGAGUCCCGAUUCAGUGCUAUCGCAGCGCAACGGCUUCAGGCCCAGCUUUUAAAAACCCAAAGGCAUAAAUUAAAGACAUCACAAAUCGCACAAGCUAAGCAUUCACAAGAGGAAUAGCUGGUCCGGACUCUCAAAUGAUAUCAACUAGUUUAUAUGGUUAAUUAAACUUUAGUGCAUUUCCAUUCAAAUCCAAUAAACAAAACACCUGACAAGUGCCAGCUCUUG